UCAACAAAUUAAUGUAACCAAGGGGGACUGAAAGAUGGAUAAAAGCUUCUGUAGGGUAAUCUUCAGACAGGAAAUCUGAGAUUCAUAACGACUUAUAUUUUGGCUUGUCAUCACUGGUCAUGCGGUGGUCCCGAAAUAAACUCAGCUUGAAAGAGAAGUGUUUCAAAGCUGCACUGUAAUACAUCAAGACACUCAGGGAAAGGAGAGAGAUGAAAAAUUAGGGUUUUGGGGAGGAGAGGGGAAGGGAAGGAAAGGGAUGAAUAUCUGAAGACAUAACCAAGGAAGUAAUUCUUUCUGGGGGCAUCAUUUUCGUGUUUCAGAAACUACCAGUCUAGGAUAACAGCUGGGGGAGGAUGGCCAUGGAGAUCACCACACCGAGUGCCCAGAGAGCUAUUGGGCACGAAGAGUACAGUCUGUAUAGCAGUAUGAGUGAGGAUGAGCUUAUCCAAAUGGCCAUUGAGCAGAGCCUGACGGACAGCUCCCCUGGGCAGCCAGCUGCCCCAGGCUGUCAGAAAGUUCGGUCAGCAGGGAGAGAAACAGCUGCGGCCAAUCGCUCCAACAGGCCACCUGCUCAUUUUUACCCAUGGACCAGGUCUGCAGCUCCUUCGGGGACCCAGCCUCCGCCUUCCAAUGUGGGCUUGUUUCAAGGGGUCAGGCAAAGAUACAACGGCAGCCUGUUCAAGACCCCCCAGCCUGUAGUCAUAGAUCCUGUGGUGAAGGCCAUCAAGGAUGGUGAUGAGAAUACCUUAACUUCCAUGAUCCAGUCAGGCAAAAACCUCUCAGAGCCCAACAAGGAUGGAUGGCUCCCUCUGCAUGAAGCUGCCUAUUAUGGCCAGUUGGGUUGUCUGAAAAUAUUGCAGAAAGCGUAUCCUGCUGUUAUUGAUCAACGCACCCUUCAGGAGGAAACAGCCCUUUACAUAGCAACCUGUAGGGGAAACCUAGAUUGCUUACUUACACUUUUACAAUGUGGAGCUGAACCAGAUAUUUCUAACAAGUCCCGAGAGACUCCACUCUAUAAAGCUUGUGAGCGGAAGAAUGUAGAAGCUGUCAGGAUGCUGGUGCAGUACAAUGCUGAUACUAACCAUCGAUGCAACCGAGGCUGGACUGCUCUCCAUGAAUCUGUGGCCCGGAAUGACCUGGAAGUCAUGGAAAUUCUGGUGAAUGGAGGUGCCAAGGUGGAAUCCAAGAAUGCAUACGGCAUAACCCCUCUAUUUGUGGCUGCCCAGAGUGGACAGUUGGAGGCACUGAGAUUUCUGGCUAAGCAUGGUGCGGACAUCAAUACUCAGGCCAGUGAUAGCGCCUCAGCUCUCUACGAAGCUUGUAAAAAUGAGCACGAAGAUGUGGUGGAGUUCCUCUUGUCUCAAGGAGCGGAUGCCAACAAAUCCAAUAAGGACGGCUUGUUACCUCUUCAUGUUGCCUCCAAACGAGGCAAUUACAAGAUUGUUCAGAUGCUGCUUCCUGUGACCAGCCGCACGCGUGUCAAGCGAAGUGGUAUAAGCCCCCUUCACCUGGCUGCUGAGAGGAAUAAUGAUGAUGUGUUGGGGGAACUCUUGGAUGCUGGCUAUGAUGUCAAUGCCACCCUGUCCCCUGAGAGGUCCCGAUUGUACGAGGACAGACGGAGCACUCCCCUCUACUUUGCUGUUAUCAAUAACAACAUCUAUGCUACAGAAAUGCUCCUGCACGCUGGGGCCAGCCCCAACCUGGACAUCAUCAACCCUCUGCUCAUCUCCAUCCGCCAUGGCUGCCUCAAGACUAUAGAACUCCUGCUGGACCACGGGGCCAACAUCGAUGCCUACAUCUCCAGCCAUCCCACCACCUUCCCAGCCACUAUCAUGUUCUCCAUGAAGUGUCUUUCGCUUCUGAAAUUCCUCAUGGACCUAGGCUGUAAUGGUGACUCCUGCUUCACGUGUCAGUAUGGCAACGCCCCCCACCCAAUCACACAGACUACAUCAAACAGGUUCAAUGAGAUGCCCUUGGACAAAUCACCUUCUGUUGUCCAGUUCUGUGAAAUCAUCUCUGCCCCUGAGGUCAGCCGUUGGGCAGGGCCCAUCAUUGAUGUUCUCCUGGAUUACGUUGGGAAUGUGCAACUGUGUGCCAGGCUGAAGGAACACAUUGAGAGCUAUGAAGACUGGGCCAUCAUCAAAGAAAAAGCAGAGCCGCCAAGGCCCCUGGCUCACCUCUGCCGUCUGAGGGUUCGAAAGGCCAUUGGGAAAUACCGCAUCAAACUCAUAGACACUUUGCCACUUCCUGGCCGGUUGAUCAGAUAUCUACAGUAUGACAAUUCUCAGUAAUUUGGCACACAUUUGGAGGAAGGUGGAGCCUCCUCCUGAGGUUUUACACAGCACAAUGAUAAAUACCAGGAUGAUGAAGGCUUCCCAGUGAUGAUAGUCAUCUGACAGGACAGCCCUCAGACUCACGAGACUUACAGCACUGUGGCAUUGAUGGAGCCACAGUCCAAGAGCAAAGAGGGAAAAGAAAAAGCUAGGUGGGCUGGGGGAGGGGAAAAGGGGAGGGAGCAAAAGAGACUUACACAAACGCCUCCAUGACUGAAUUUCCAGAUUAGAAGACAGGUUUAUUGAGUUAUCACUAAUUCCAGACCUUGUUGGCACAAGUGGAAACUAGUAUGAAAGAAAACCUAUUUCUUCACAGGGUUUUCAGGCCUUUGAGGUGCAAUCAAGAUGAAAGGAGUCUCAAGAAGUCCAAGAAAGGUAGAAAAUACAAAUGCAACAUUUGCCUGGUAUGCCGUGACAUAGUUGCUAAAGAUUAGAACAACCCAUUAGUCUCUCACAGUAUCUCAGCAGAUUUCCUUAGAUUAAUUUAGCUUCAUUUUCCCCCUUUCCCCAAUUCCCCAAUUCUUUGUUAAAUAUUUUACUUUACUUCAAGAAUCAUCAGAUCUCAGAGAAGGAAAAAGAUACCAGAAGGUAUCUGAUCUAACCUCAUAAGCUGUGCACUAAUUCUUUCUGCAAGGUCCCUGAUAAGUCCUCAGGUGAUAGAGAUAUAGAUAUGGCCCCAGAAUGGAAAUGAGAGCAUGGGCAAGUCAUUCCCUGCUCUGAGUCUCAGUAACCUCCUUUGUAAAAUCAGGGGUUGGCCUUAAUGCUCUGUGAGGUUCCUUCCAAUCUUUGCAUCAUAUACUUCUCUUUUAAAUUUAGCACAUUUUUUUCCCUCCAAUCCAAAACCAAUGAUCACCUCUACUUUCAUUUUGAUCACCACCUAGUGGUUCCUUGUUGUGGUGCAGGCAUGUCUGACCCUCUUAAAAGAUCCAAGAGCAUUGGAAAAGAGGACUCCUCCCUAACAGGACUUAAUCCCUCCACCUCAUAUUCUGUGCCCACUGUUUCUUCCUUUUCUAUACUCAUCUUUUUCUCCUUCUCAGCUUUCUUCCAAACAUAUUGUGAUUGGAGAUUGAUGACUAUGGUGGGAUUUUUUUUUAUCUAAAAGUUUUGGUAAAUACAAUGCAUGCCUCCUAGGUGAGACCUGAAACCUUCUGUCAGCAAUUCUCCCCCCUGCCGAACAUUAUAUAUAUACAUAUAUAUACAUGUAUAUAUAUAUAUAUGUAUAUAUAUGUGUAUAUAUGUAUAUAUAUAUAUAUAAAAUGUGUUAUAGAUAAAUAUUUUAUUGAUGUUCUUCAUCACUGUCCCUUACCAAUGAUUCACUCAUCUUACCCCUCAGAACUCCCCUUUAUAUAAAAGAAGCAUUAGAUAUUAGGUACUAAAGAACUCAACUUCUGGAUCAGAGUGGAGCUAGAUGGUGGGAGUCCAGAUUUACUUCAGGAAGCAUCAUGAUCACUGUUUGAUUUCUGUUUGUAAGAAAACCAAGGACACACAACAAACCCAUCAAAAGGCAACUCUGGACACACAAAUCACACCCAUUUUCUACUCCUGAUACAGGGAUUUAUCCUUUUGACUUGUUUCCCACAGUCUACAGACCAGCCAAAUAUGAUAAUGCAUCAUAGACAGAGUCUAUGGGGGUCACAUUGUGUACUGAGGUCACCUCUGGGAUCCUCUUAAACACUUAUUCUUAGAGACACUCAGUCUUCAUACCCACACAUCUGUUUUUCUACAGGAGUCAAGACACUGGAAAAAAAUAAGACAUACACUUAACACUUAGUGUGUGUUAUUAGCAAACGUACUGUGAUGAUGACAGCUUUCCUAGAGCUUUAACAAUGAUAAAAAUUCUUCAAGGUUUACAAAGAGUUUUCUAUAUGUUAACUCAUUUGAUCUUCACAACAAUUUUGUGAAGUAGUUACUAUUACUACCCCGUUUUACAAAUGGGGAAACUGAGGCUGGGGGAAGUUAAAGUAACUUGCCCAGGGUCACACAGUUUUUAAGCAUCUGAGACUGAAAUCGAACUCAGUUCUUUCUCACUCCAAUGCCAGCACUUUAUCCACUGUCCCCUAGAUUCCUAAUCUCACGCAACACAUAUACUGGUUGGUGAGGCCCAUGUCCAUUGCAGUUAUGUCUCCUUAUCAACCCUGCCUUUGCUCAUUCUCACAAUGAAUGAAUGAGCCCAAUUAAUCCACUCCUUGUGCUGUUUGCUCUGUUUUGUCCUAAAAUUGCUUGUAUUUGCAUAGAUCUUUCUUUAAUUUAUCAGAGAGAUAAAUACUUGUUUUAUUUGUAUGAGACUCUUCCAAGUUGUCAGGGGAAAGGAAAUGGGGUCAUCACAGUGUCAUGAGGGGCAGUGUGACAUUGUAGAAAGGGCACUUGCCUGGAAAUCAAGAAAUUCCAGGUUUGGGUUCCAGUGCUGCCUGACACUAGAGAUUCGUGCCUGUCUUCUGUCUGGUCCUUUCUUUCCUCAACAGUAAAAUGAAGAAGUUGGAGGAGAUGAUUUAUCUCUAAGAUUUCUUCUAUCUCUGAUAUAUUAGCAGUCUCUGAAGUCUAGUGUCUCUCUGGGAAGAGAAAGAAACUUUGAUUCUGUGAUAGGUUAGUAAUAUUUGCUAUUAAACCAUAAGUUGAAACGCAUGUAUAAAGUAUUUGUUUUGAAUCUUUUAGUGGGAAGGGACUUUAGAGGUCAUCUAGCUCAGCUCUCUUAUUUUACAGAUGAAGAAACUGAGACCUAGGGGGGAGAUGACUUGCCAAAGGUCCCACAAAAGAGUUGAAGCAGAAGCUACAGUCUAAGUAAUAGAUUUUUUUUGGUGAAGCAAUUGGGGUUAAGUGACUUACCCAGGGUCACACAGCUAGUAAGUGUUAACUGUCUGAGGCCGGAUUUGAACUCAGGUCCUCCUGAAUCCAGGGCCGGUGCUCUAUCCACUGUGCCACCUAGCUGCCCCAGUAAUAGAUUUUUUAAAAAUUAACUUCCAAACCAACUUUUUAAAAUGGUAACAUUUAGUUCACAGGACUCUAUUAGAUUAUCACCUGUCUAGUGACUGUCAUCAGCUUGUAGGUGAGAAAACAGUGCCUAUAAAACAUCCUUUAUCAACAUCGUAUCUUGAAGGAAUUAACUUCCCUGCUAUACAGAAAAGCGACAACAACAAUUAGGAAGGUAAAAAGUUCUGACACCAGAACCCAGGAAGGAUAACUCAAGAAUUGUCUUAUGGGAUAUAUUGUUUGGUGGGGAGGGAGAAAGAAGGCCUUGUUGAAUCAUGCAACUCAUUUAGAACUAUGGAAUUUCUCAGAAUAGAAACCUUUUGUAGCAUCUUUACUUUAAAAUCCUGAGAGACUGUCAUGUUCCAUAUCUUACACCAACAAUAUUGUUAUUAAAAAAGACAGACUUUUGUUUUGAGGAAAAGUUUGGACUCAUUAAAAAAGUUUUGUAAUUUCCUGAAAGUAAUCCACUCUCCUCCUUCUGUUUAAUUCUGGACUCAUUAUCUAUUUGUAUUCUUUGUCCUAGGUACAUUAGUAAACACUAUAGGUUGUCUAUCCAACUGCAUAUCAUAAUUUGAACAAUAGACAUUUUUCAUCCAUUUGGUUUUUCCCAUGUAAAUUGUUAGACAAUUCAAAUCCGAGAGAGUUUUAGUAUUAGAUUUUGUAUAUUGAGUUAGGUAAAAGUUGCAUUUUUUCAAAAUUAAGAAAUAGAAACAGAUUAGAAAAUAAAGAGCCUCUCCAAUCUGAAGGCAAGAAUCCCACUUCCCAGUGUUUCUUCACACAUAUGUCUGUGCCCUCAGGGAGAUAGACACAAGGGAAGAUGAUGAUGGUGGUGGUGGUAGUGGUAGUGGUCUUGAAAUUUUUCUUGCCUUCUGAUCACUUUCUUCUGCUCAUGUGAUCAUUAAAAAUUAGAAUGAAAGGAAUUUCUUUUUUUUUUUUUUUUAGUGAGGCAAUUGGGGUUAAGUGACUUGCCCAGGGUCACACAGCUAGUAAGUGUUAAGUGUCUGAGGUCAGAUUUGAACUCAGGUACUCCUGACUUCAGGGCCGGUGUUCUAUCCACUGCACCACCUAGCUGCCCCUGAAAGGAAUUUCUUUUCCAGUGGUUUCAUUUGACAAAUGAGGAAACCCAGCAUGCUUCUUUCAUACACCUACUUUAAGCUCAUCUUUCCUGGAGAUACAGGAAGAGCUCUUCAUGAAUUCUUCCUAACAUCCUGAGAUUUAUAACUGGAAGAUACAUUAGGUAUUACAAAAGCCUACCUUUCCAUUUGUCAGAUAAAUAAACUGAGGCACAGGGCAAUUAAAUGACUUGCCCAAGACCACAGGAGAUCUAGGAUUUGAACCUAUGUCUCCUCACCCCAAAGUUGGCCCUCUUUCCAUUACAACACAUUGGCACUUGCUGUUACCAGUUAUGAGAGGUAGUUUUCUUCCACAAAGACAUGAUGACAGGUAAGUCCCAUGCUCACUAAAGUUCCAGGGGAUCAGCAGGACUCUCUUUGUGGAGGGUUCAUUUCCCUUUCCAAGCUAUAUGAAGCCUUGAAAAGGCUAUUGCGAGUAGCAAUUUCAUUGUAUUCUAAAGAUCAGGGAUUUAAUUAGUGGUAGCUAUGCAAACCUGUGAGUAUGCAAUGAUUCAUUAGCCAUGCUAAUAUUAGAACUGCUGUAUUUUUUAUAUACCAAAGAGAUGCACUCACUUUUGGGGUGGGAGAGGUGCCUGGGGGCUUUGGCAGAUACAAAAUCUCUUCUAAAUUGCUUUUCAUAACUUUCUCUCAUAUGAUUUAUACGUGUGUUCUGUAAUGUUGUAAAUUUGUACAAUGGGCUAAUAAAUAGUACUGCUUUAAAACAC